AGUCACUGUUUAGCUGUCCAGCAGAAGAAGAUGGUCUGUCUGUAGUUUACAUGUUGAAUGACAGCAGAUCAAAGUUUACACUUUAUUAAAGUUUAUUUCUCUGCUUGGGAACGACUCAACACUCUUCGGCGCGGAGUCGCAGCGUUUCUGACCCUUGACCGGCCGCUCCGCCCUGAAAAAUGCGGGAUCGAACGAAAGAAUUAGGAAAUAAUGCAGAAGCUUCAGAUGAAGACGAUGAGGCCAAAGCCCUCAUGAUCAAACCGGGAACCUCUUCAGCCAAAGAGGAGAAGGAGAAUGAAGCCUUCUUUAAAAAGGUGCAAGAGAUCCACGAGGGUCUGCAGAACCUCAGGGCGACUGUUUCCAAACUCGAGAACCAACAGAAGAAGGUUCUCGGCGUGGCGCUGCCCGAGGAGAGUAUGAAGAAAGAGCUGCAGACUCUUCGAGACGAGAUCAAAACGUUGGCGACUCAGAUUCAGAAGAAGCUGAAGAGUAUUGAGCCGAAGAAAGGAGAGGAUGAUGGGAAAUACAUCCCCAUCAACACUCGGAUGCAGCGAACGCAGCACGGCGUUCUGUCCAAGGAGUUCGUGGAGCUGAUGGGUCACUGUAACACCAUCCAGGGUCAGUACCGAGACCGCAACGUGGAGCGGAUCCAGAGGCAGCUCAAGAUCACUGGGACCAACGUGGCGGACGAGGAGCUGGAUAAGAUGCUGGAGAGCGGACAGACGGACGUUUUUACACAAAACAUCCUGAGUGACGCUCAGGCGACGAAGCAGGCGCUGAACGAGAUCGAGUCGCGGCACGACGAGAUCCUGAAGUUGGAGCGGAGCAUCAGAGACCUGCACGACAUGUUCCAGUACCUGGCCAUGGAGGUGGAGGCUCAGGGAGAGAUGGUGAACCGCAUCGAAGCCAACAUCAACAUGUCGACCAACUACGUGGAGAAAGCAAAAGAAAACACAAAGAAAGCCGUCACGUACCAGCAGAAAGCACGCAAGAAGAAGGUGUGGAUGGCGGUCUGUCUGGCCAUCGUGCUGCUCAUCCUCAUCAUCUCUCUGGUGAGCGCCUUCGGGACCUGAAGAGUCGACUCUGUAAAAACUUUCAUGUAAAUAAUUUCAGCCCGCAGGAUGAACAGGUGACCUGUCAGUCAUUGUCCCUCUGCUUCAGUCUCAUUACACGUUACUGCUCCUCCUCUAACCUCCGCCUGUCUCCUGUCCUCUAACGGGCCUUUUUUAUUUUUAUUUUAAUGCUUUUUAACUCACAAUCAACUACAAUCUCUCUGCUGGUGCUGCUGUUCCCCGUCACAAACCCCAGGAUGGUUUGUGAGCUGUUACAUUAACGUCCCGCCCUCCUACAGUCCAAAAAAAAUUGAAAAAAGAACAAAAGAGGAACUAAGUGGCCUUGAGGAAAGCACAACGCAGUAUUGGAACUGAUCUUACUGUACUCAGGAAACUGUGCGUUUUGAGGCGUAAAUAACAGUUUUAAUAGAGUAGAGAUUUUUUUCUUUUAUAGGCAAAUAGACUAAUAUAAUUGUACAUAUAUAACCUGUAUGGCUGGCUGACAUCUUUAUGAUUUUUAAAACUUGAAAGUUUCAAACUGCCUACAUGUAACAAGUGUAAAUACAGAUUUUUUGUUUUUUUGUGAGCCCCGACCUUUUUACUGAGCGCAGAAUAAAAGGUUCUAUUUGUGUUGCCAGUUUGUAUUUAUGGUUUCUUCUCUGUGACGUUAACAUUAAGAAGGGACGAGUGGUUUUAGUCCUUUAUUUUCCUUCACCUGUUUGUCACAUCGUGAUCGUGUUUUUUUUUAGUUUAAUUCUGCAAAGAAAUCCUUUAAAGAGACAAAUGGUUCCUGCUGUGCUCCACAAUGUGACGAAUCUGUAAAGAAAAAUAAAACCUGUUGGUUUAAAGAGCGGAGACUCUAAUAUUACGGCUGUUUGCAUCACUCGUGUAUUUUAAUAUAGAUUUGUUUUUAAAUAAAAUACUGCCACGGUCUAUUAUUCUGUCUGUCUGGUGUCAUUAACUGUUUAUUUCUCACAUAUUUGGUUUGUACAAGGUGUUGAAAGUUGAUUUAUUUUUAUUUUUUUUACCUGACUGAAUUCUUGAUUUUAUCUACAAGAACUGAAUGUAAAUCAACAUCUUGCAUUGUUGAAAUUAAACGAUUCAGUCUGCACGUU